GCACACACCCCCUUUCUCUCUGAGAUUUCUAUCCUCCAGCAUCUGAGUGACAAAACACAACCAGCCACAUCCAGGGUUAGUUUACCCUUCCGCAUCCCUCCUCUUCCAUUCUGCUCGGCUGGUCUUCUUCCCCCAUCAUCCGAUCUCUGAAGCUGCGUUCAGGAGAAAGCAGGCAAGCUGUCUCUUCUUCCUGCGAAAGCGUCUCUUUGCUGGACAGCUGGCCUCCCGCUGUCCCUCUGGAGGAUGAUCCUGUGGAUGAAGACUGAGGAGAUGGCGCUGGGGGAGCUGCUGGAGAGGCUGAGGACAGUCACCAAAAGCAUAGAUGAGAUCAUGCAGUUGGACAGCAGUCCCCUCCGUGCGGCUGACAUCACCCCUGACCUCAAGAAGCAGUUUGCCUUCUUAUCAGGAGGUAGAGGGGAUAAUGGCAGCCCCAUCAUCGUGUUCCCAGAGUUCCCCACGUUUGGAGAGAUCACAGACAGAGAGUUUCACAACGUGCUGACAUACCUGACCAGUGUGCCCAGUUUGUCAUCGACAGGCGUGGGUUUCAUCCUGGUUAUUGACCGCAGACAAGACAGAUGGGCAGCUGUCAAGGGGACCCUGCUUCGAAUUGCAGGCUCCUUCCCUGGGAACCUCCAGCUGGUUCUGGUUCUGAGACCCACCACCCUCCUGCAGCGUACGCUCUCUGACAUCCUUUUCAAGUUCAACAAGGAUGAGUUCAAGAUGAAGGUGCCGGUGAUCAUGCUGAGCUCAGUUACUGAGCUGCACUCUUACAUUGACCGCACACAACUGACACAUGAACUCGGGGGAACACAGGAGUACUGUCACGAGAAGUGGAUCUCUCACCGCACCGCUAUUGAAGGUUUUGCAUUAAUGGUGAAGAAAACAGCACAGACUCUGCAGUCGUUUGGGACUGAGCUGGCUGAGACUGAACUCCCCAAUGAAAUCCAGGCAACAACCAUCCUGCUGAGCACGCACACCAGCAAGAAAGAAAAAAUGAAGGAGGAUCUGCUGGUGGCUCUGGGUCAGGGCAGCAGGCUGCUGGAGAGCAUCAAUGAGCCUGUAGUCAGAGACCCGGACCACAACAUGAACCAGGACGAGCUGGAGAACCUGGCCACAGUGCAAAGGCUGUUGUCUCAGCUGGACGAGACGGAGCGAGCUUUCGAUGAGUUCUGGGUGAGACAUCAUACCAAACUGGAGCAGUGUCUCCAGCUGCGUCACUUUGAGCACAACUACAGAGAGGUGAGGGCUCUGUUGGAUCAGGUGUCUGAGAAACUCUCAAGCUUCUCUGAAGUGGGGAUCAGCCCCGCCCACGCUGACCACAUCUUCAGUGAACUCAGCACCUAUGAGGAGAGAGUUUGUGAGGUGCUGAACAUAGCACUGUCUUUAGCCACUGAGGGUGAAGAACUCAUCCAGAACUCCCACUAUGCUGAGGACUCAAUCCAGCCAAAAUGCAGCGAGCUCAGAGUGAUCACUGAGACUGUGAGCAGCAGCUUACAGGCCAAGAAGGACCACCUCCUCAAAGCCAUGGAGCUGCACCACCAUCUGGAGAGGGCUUCUAAAUGGGUCGAUGAUGGUAUUUACCUGCUGGCAUCCCAGCCUGUGGAUAAAUGUCAAUCACACGAGGGGGCGGAGUUAGCCCUGCAGGAGCUGGAGCGUUAUUUGGACAACGCAGGCCAGAACCAACUGAACGAUCUCAGCACCAUCUGGAGUGAAUAUGAAGCAGUGAUCAACCCACAGUUCAGGGAACAAGUGGACAAGGUUUUCCAGAAGCAGGCAUCCAUGCAGGAGAUGUUUGACAAAAGGAGGAUCAGCCUGAAGAAGCUUGCAGCCAAGCAGACUAGACCAGUUCAGCCUGUAGCGCCCAGACCUGAAGCCUUCAUUAAAUCCCCCCUCAACUCACCUGCACACAGAGCUCAGCAGGAGAAAAACAGCUCAGAGAUUGACUCUGGGAACAAUUGUGAGAAAGGGAGUGUCCCUCUGCAGAAUGGAGAGACUAACAGCAGGCAUGCCUCACUGUCAGAGGAGGAGGAGAACCUGGCUGUGCUCAGGAGGCAUGUGAUGAACGAGCUGCUGGAAACGGAAAGAGCCUAUGUAGAGGAGCUGCUCUGUGUAUUGCAGGGAUAUGCCUCUGAGAUGGAUAAUCCAGCAAUGGUUCACCUCAUCCCUGCUCCCCUGCAGAACAAAAAGGAGAUUCUGUUUGGCAACAUGCCAGAAAUUUACCAUUUUCACAAGAGGACUUUCCUGAGGGAGUUGGAGCAGUACACAGACUGUCCAGAGCUGGUUGGCCGGUGUUUUCUAGAAAGGAUGACCGACUUGCAGAUCUAUGAGAAGUACUGCCACAAUAAGCCUCGCUCUGAAAGCCUCUGGAGGCAGUGCUCAGAUUGCGCCUUUUUCCAGGAGUGUCAGAAAAAGCUGGAGCAUAAACUGGGUUUAGACUCCUACCUGCUGAAGCCUGUUCAGAGAAUUACCAAAUAUCAGCUGCUAUUGAAGGAAAUGCUGAAGUACAGUAAAAGCUGUGAAGGGGCUGAUGACCUGCAGGAGGCGCUCACUUCCAUUUUGGGCAUCCUCAAGGCAGUAAAUGACUCCAUGCAUCUCAUCGCCAUCACAGGAUAUGAGGGUAAUCUGAGUGAACUGGGUAAGCUGCUAAUGCAAGGGUCAUUCAGCGUGUGGACAGAGCACAAGAAAGGUCAUGCUAAGGUGAAGGAUCUGGCCCGGUUCAAGCCCAUGCAGAGGCACAUCUUCCUCCACGAGAAAGCCCUGCUCUUCUGCAAAAGGAGGGAGGAGAACGGGGAGGGCUACGAGAAAGCUCCAUCCUACAGUUUUAAGCAGUCUCUGAGUAUGAGCGCAGUUGGCAUUACUGAGAAUGCAAAGGGAGACAACAAGAAAUUUGAAAUCUGGUGCAACUCCAGAGAAGAGGUGUACAUUGUUCAGGCACCCACAGCUGAAGUAAAAACGACUUGGGUGAAUGAGAUCAGAAAGGUUUUAACAACCCAGCUGGAAGCCUGCAGAGCAAACCAGCAGAGGGCACCGGACCAGGUUUUCCAGUUCCCUCCUGUUCCCAGUGGAACAGUUAGUCUCAGUCCCUUUAAGUCCAAUCAGAGGAGCUUUAAAAAGGGAGAGGAGAAGAAAGCUGAGCCCUGCAGCCCUGAUGCUAACUCUUCUUCUUCACCAAAGCCCACAGGAAAAGACGAGGCUGUGACAAGCCCUACCUCAGACAGAGCUGCUGUGGCUAAAAAGCGCUUUACUUUACAGGGCUUCAGUAAUCUCAAAGCUCAGAAAGGAUCUCCCACAAGCCCUGAUCACAAGACGAAACGCCAGAGCGACCCCACGCCAUUCGGUUUCAAAGGUUGGAACAAAACCUCCUUGUCUCUGGACGCCUCAGAGGAGCAUGAUGGCUACUCUAGUGCUGACGAUCCCCUAAACUCUGACCCAGAGGAUGACGGAGUAAAGAAACUGACUGCUGGGAAAUACACUGUGAUGGCUGACUAUGAGAAGGACGGUGCUCAGGAUUUCUCAGUGAGGAGUGGAGACAUGGUGCAGCUGGUCAAAGAGGGAGAUGACCAACAGUGGUUUGUACGUAACCUGAGCACUUCUAAGGAGGCCUGGAUCACUGCUGCUAAUCUUAUCACACUUAUUGGAAAGUCAAAGUCUUGCCAGUCUCUGACAAGCUCAGAAGGCAGUGGCUCUGGAAACCUUAGCACAUCCUCCAGCUGCAGCGAGACGUACACCAGCUUCUCUGACAUCAAACCCUGAGCUCCUUAGCACUUCGUCCAUCACCAAAAUGCCCCUGCAUCGUGUGGCUGUAUUGCCAGCAUUGGUACUUGUUGGAAUUUUACCAGGAACUCACAGAAAAGCUGUAUUUUUCCAUUUUUUUUACAUCAUGCACAUGCACCAGUUAUGUAGACAAUGUGAACAUAUGUGAAGAUACUGAGUAUAGAGGUAUCCAGACACAGACAAUGACUUCACAGUAUCGUACAGUGAUCUUUCUUUAGUCACACACCUGUCUGUGUAUUUUUUACAAAAACAGAGAAUCCCUGUCAUUAUAUUGGAGUAGAUGUAUGAAUGGACCAGCAGGACUGAUCUCAGCUGAUGCAUCUAUUUGUGCUAAAAUUAAACCUGGAGAAAAUGUGGUCAUCAUCCUUUCUGUUUUUCUGCACUGCAUCACCCUGGAGUUCAUAAUCUCACUGUUAUCGUACCUUAAAAGGGAAAUGGUAAAUACGCACAGCUUGCUUAACCUGAAUGAAUGUUCUCUCAGAGUCUAUAAACCCCUGUUUAUUGUUUUUUCCCAUUAUAUGUGUAUAUUUAUUUGUAAAAAACAUUCUGAUUUCCUCCUCAUCUCUUUAAUAGCUGUCUUUGGACUCUCUUCCUGUAUGGCAUUUGUCUAUUUGUUGCAUAGUCUGUAUAAAGCAUUUGUCUGUUUUCAUCGCAAUGAUAGAAACCUAUUCUGCAACCAGCUACCCAGACUUGUCCAUCAGCUUUUGUGUUUUGGGCUGUCCAAUGACCUAAAUGUAAGAUUCUGUGGAUUUCCAUGUACACUACAGUUAAAAAUGUUUCUCCAUGUGAAUAAUCACUGUAUAGCGCUAACUUAUUCCCAAUGGAGGGAUGAUGUUCUGAAUGUAGAUAUUGUUCAUUACUAUCUGU